AGUAACCCUCCGCGACAGGAAGUACAUAUGAGUCAUUCACCUAUAAAAUAAUAGUGUUAUACCAUAACUAAUCGGCUAGUAUUUUGCUUUGAACUAAUCAGCAUGAAUAAAUACAUAUUACCCGUGUCUGUUGUGGGAACUGUAAUUGGUGCCGUUGUUUUGACAAAGGAUCGUGUAAGUGGUGGUAUCUGCCCAAGCAAAGCAAAGAUAACGGGGAAGACGGUGGUAAUAACAGGAGCAAACACAGGGAUUGGUAAAGAGACAGCACGGGAACUUGCCAGAAGAGGAGGCCGGAUUAUAAUGUGCUGUCGAGAUAUGGUGAAGUGUGAGAAUGCUGCUAAAGAAAUAAGAGGAGAGACUUUGAGUCACAAUGUGUAUGCCAGACAUCUUGACCUGGCUUCAAUAAAAUCUAUUAGAGAAUUUGCAAAUAACAUAAAUAAAGAAGAGGAGCGGGUAGACAUACUGAUCAAUAAUGCAGGGAUAAUGAGAUGCCCUCACUGGCAAACCGAAGAUGGAUUUGAAAUGCAGUUUGGGGUUAACCAUUUAGGCCACUUUCUAUUGACCAACCUCUUGCUUGAUAAGAUGAAACGCUCAGCGCCCAGCCGCAUCAUAAAUGUCUCCUCGCUGGCUCACGUAGUGGGAGAGAUGGAUUUUAACGAUCUGAACUGGGAAAAGAAAAAAUAUAAUACAAAGGUGGCCUACUGCCAAAGUAAGCUUGCAAAUGUGCUGUUUACAAAAGAACUGGCCAGGCAACUACAGGGUACUGGAGUCACAGUGAAUGCACUUCACCCCGGAGUAGUUGAGACCGAGCUUGGCAGGCACACAGGGAUGCAUCAGUCUCAAUUUUCAAGCACAGUACUAGGGCCUUUGUUUUAUCUGCUAGUUAAAUCACCAAACCAGGGUGCGCAACCCAGCAUUUUCCUUGCUGUUGCUGAAGAAGUUGAUGGAGUUUCAGGGAAAUACUUUGAUGUCUUGAAGGAGAAGGAGCCAGCACCCCAGGCUCAGGACGCAGAGGCGGCUCGUCAGCUUUGGCAAAUCAGUGCCAGGCUUGUGGGCCUGGAAGAUGCAGCAGCAACAUGACAGCUCAGAAGUGCCAUUAGCCUUCAGAUCUCUCAGAACCAAAACCAAGCACAAGCAACUGCCAUUGCUGAUAACAGCUGAAACAUUACAGAUGGAGAAUUAUUAUGAAGAUGAUAAACCUGUGUGUAAGCCAUAUGUGAACAGUCAAUUAUAAUUUGUACUAUGAUUGGUUAAAGCUUCAGUGCCUAUAAUUUACACAAAAAGUGCAAAUUAUUGGUCUUCCUUAACACUAAGAGUAGUUUUAGUAACAAACAAUUAGUAAGGAUAGUCCACUGUCUGUAUCUCCCCCUCCCUCAUCAGGGAUAUAAUCCCACUUGCACCAAUGUUUGUCCUAGUUCCUUCUCAUUGCCACUUGCUGUAACCUAUUUGUUAAUGAGUGAUUGGUAGCCAUCUAGUGUAGGAUGUAAAAACUGCAGUCAUUGUUUAGUGCCUCUUUCCACAGUUGCCAUCAUAAUAUCAACAUACAUUUUCUGCUGCAGAAAUUGCCAGUUAUAACGAACUGACAUUGAGGUACUGUAAUCAGGUCUUUUAUAAAAGUACAAAUGAUUGUUUAUGUUCUGCUUGCCCACACAAAACACGUAUAAGUUAUGCCUAUUGUUUAUUAAUCGAUAAUAAGAAUGAUGAACAAUGUAAUCUGUUUAAUACAACAAUCAAGCAGCUUUUUGUUUUGUUUUUUUAAACUAGGCUGGGAAACCACUUGCAAAGCAUAAAAUAAAUAAAUUGAAAAAAAUUGAAACUGUCCACAUAUUUAGUUAAAGUCAAUGAUUUAUUUACCAGACAGUAAAGACCCUUUCACACUGUCACUCCUACCUGGGUCCACAUCCGGGUUCUGGCUAUCCGGGUCACAAUCCUG